CCCGUCAGGUGCGUGAGAGACUGCGGGUGGCGCUAGAGAGGGUGACUACUCUGGAGGGGCAGCUGGCGGCCGCCACCCAGGAACUCGCGGCCGUCAGGCAGAGGAAGGACAAGAUGGAGGGAGACUCCCUGGACAGACUGGAGUCCAAACCCACCUGGAAGAGGCUGCCCAAUGGCUCCAUCGAUGCCGACGACGGGGCCGGCCGCGCACUGGAGCUGCAGGAGCUGCUGGACAAGGCCACGCGGGACCUGGCGCAGAGCGAGGAGCGUGCCAACGGCCUGGCGGCCCGCGUCACCGAGCUGGAGGCUGAGCUGGCCACCGCCCGGCGGGACCUGCUGCGCAGUGAGGAGCUCGGCGCCAAGUACCAGCGUGAUAUCCGUGAGGCAAUGGCACAGAAGGAGGACAUGGAGGAGAGGAUCACAACGCUAGAGAAGCGCUACCUGGCGGCGCAGCGGGAGACCACUUCCAUCCACGACCUGAACGACAAGCUGGAGAACGAGCUGGCCACCAAGGACUCCCUGCACCGGCAGAGCGAGGAGAAGGCGCGUCACCUGCAGGAGCUGCUGGAGCUGGCAGAGCAGAGGCUGCAGCAGACCAUGAGGAAGGCGGAGACAUUGCCAGAGGUGGAGGCUGAGCUGGCUCAGAGGGUGGCCGCUCUGUCCAAGGCUGAGGAACGUCACGGUAACAUCGAAGAGCGUCUGCGUCAGCUGGAGGCUCAGCUGGAGGAGAAGAACCAGGAACUGCUGAGGGCCCGGCAGCGGGAGAAGAUGAAUGAGGAACACAACAAGCGUCUGUCAGACACGGUGGAUCGCCUGCUGACCGAGUCCAAUGAACGACUCCAGCUGCACCUGAAGGAGCGAAUGGCGGCGCUCGAUGAUAAGAACACACUUAUCCAUGACCUGGAGAACUCGCAGAAGCAGCUGGAGGACUUCCAGCACACAAAGGAGAGGCUCCUGGCAGAGAUCGAGAAGCUUCGGGCAGAGGUGGACCACCUGCAGAGGAGGAGCACCGCCUUUGGGGACGGCCUGCACCCACGGUCCCGGGUUGGCAGUGCCACUGACCUGCACUUCUCCAUGCUGGAGUCCCCGGGGGACCACUAUGGGACGGCGGGGGUCAUCCGGCGGGCGCAGAAGGGGCGGCUGGCAGCACUGCGGGAUGAGCCCACCAAGAUCCUGCCAAUGCUGGAGCAGGACUGGGAGCGGCCCAGUCUCCGGGCCGGCGUAGCACACCUUGUGGAGAGUGACCCCGAGCUGUCCGACCUGGACGAUGAGGACCGCGAGACCAUCUUCAGUUCUGGAGACCUGCUGUCACCCAGCGGACACUCGGACGCCCAGACGCUGGCGCUGAUGCUGCAGGAGCAGCUGGAUGCCAUCAAUGAGGAGAUCCGGAUGAUUCAGGUGGAGAAGGAGUCCGCAGAGCUGCGGGUGGAUGAGAUCGAGAGCCGCGUGACCAGCGGCAGUAUGGACGGCCUGAACCUCAACUUCCGGCCUCACACUUCCAUCCCCACCUCCAUCACAGCCCUGUCCCUGGCCAGCUCCUCCCCCCCGGUCAGCGGGCGCUCCACCCCUAAGCUGUCUGGCCGCUCCUCUGCCCAUGAGCUGGGCAUCAUGACCCUGCCUAGUGAUUUAAGGAAACAUCGACGGAAAGUUCAAUCUCCAGUGUCGCGGGACGAGAUGCGGGAGGACAAGGCCACCAUCCGGUGCGAGACGUCCCCCCCGGCUUCGCCCCGGAGCCUCCGUUUGGAGCAUGGCAUAUUCGCCCAGCUGACCGGUAGCCUGGAUGACGGACGGGGGGGCAACAAGAAGAAGGGCAUCAAGUCAUCCAUUGGCCGCCUCUUUGGCAAGAAGGAGAAGGGGCGCUUCGUGCAGCAGUUGGGGAAGGACGGUCAGCUGACCCUGACUGUGGCUCCAGGUAUGAUGGACACAUGGGUCACUUCUGUCCACAUCACAGACUUGGAGAUGGGCAUUGGGGACACCAUGACCCUGGGCAAGCUGGGAACGCAGGCGGAACGGGACCGAAGAAUGAAGAAGAAGCACGAGCUGCUGGAGGAUGCCAGGAGGAAGGGCCUGCCUUUUGCCCAUUGGGAUGGCCCUACAGUGGUGUCCUGGCUAGAGCUGUGGGUGGGCAUGCCCGCCUGGUACGUGGCUGCCUGCCGUGCCAACGUGAAGAGCGGCGCCAUCAUGUCGGCGCUAUCCGACACUGAGAUCCAGCGGGAGAUUGGCAUCAGCAACCCGCUGCACCGGCUCAAGCUACGGCUGGCCAUCCAGGAGAUGGUGUCCCUCACCAGCCCCUCGGCACCCUUAACCUCACGCACGUCCUCCGGAAACGUGUGGGUGACUCACGAAGAGAUGGAGACCAUGGCAACAUCCAACAAAGCGACCCUGGCAUAUGGGGACAUGAACCACGAGUGGAUCGGCAACGAGUGGCUGCCCAGCCUGGGGCUGCCGCAGUACCGCAGCUACUUCAUGGAGUGCCUGGUGGACGCCCGCAUGCUGGACCACCUCACCAAGAAGGACCUGCGUACCCAUGUUAAGAUGGUGGACAGCUUCCACCGGGCCAGUUUACAGUAUGGCAUAAUGUGCUUGAAGCGACUGAAUUAUGAUAGAAAAGAUCUGGAGCGCAGGAGGGAGGAGUGCCAGCAUGAAAUCAAAGACAUUCUGGUGUGGACCAACGACCGGGUGAUACACUGGGUACAGUCCAUCGGCCUGAAAGACUACAGCAACAAUUUGUUCGAGAGUGGCGUGCAUGGUGCCCUCAUCGCCCUGGAUGAGAACUUUGACUACAGCAGCCUGGCCCUCAUCCUGCAGAUCCCCAUGCAGAACACUCAGGCCAGGCAAGUUCUGGAACGGGAGUUUAGCAACCUACUGGCGCUGGGAACCGACCGCAGGCUGGAUGAGAGUGAUGAGAAGUCCUUCCGGAGGUCUCCAUCGUGGAGGAAGCGCUUCAGGCCGCGGGAGGGCCAGGGCCUGGGCACCAUGCCGGGCUCCAUUGAGACGCUGCCAGCCGGCUUCCGCCUCACCUCCAUGUCGGUGCCGCUGUCGACGCCCGGUGUCCCCAAGAGGCUGCAGCCCGAAGGUGGCAGGUGAGUCUCAUCGAGGACUUUGGGGUUGGCGGGGGUGUCUGCAUUGGUCAUACCCUGAAGCUUUCUCUUCCUGUCGCUUCAUGAUGCCCUCCCCCAACCCCCGUCCCCUGACUCUGCUGGAUCUCUGUCUAUUCCCAGCACUCAGGUUGUCGUCCCCCCAUGGCAUGAUGGUCGAUCUCCAGGGCCAGCCCACCCCUUUUUGUAGCCCUAAGCUGAAUUUGAUUGACCGAGUUGUCAUUUUUCAUCUCCCUUCCUGUUCUGACAGGCUGAUCAGAUGGGGGACCCCCCCAGUUGCCGUUGGGCUCUAAGCCCCUUCUUAUUUCGCUUAUACCUUGGGCUGGCCCUGUCUAUGUCCCCUCCCUUUGUCAUAUCAUGCAAAGUGUCCUCUCCUGCCCGAUGGCCGCUUGUUCCACAACACUCCCAAGUGUAAAAGAUGUAAAACGCCUGCUAGCUAGUCACCCAGGUUCACCUUGAGGGAAGCUGUUGCUCUGGAGUGAUUCCACACCUCGCAGUGUUAAAGCUGCAGUGGAUGCUUAGAAUACAGGUGUAAUGGAGUGUCAUACCAAGAUGGUGCUUUUAAUAAUUUAUACACUAAUAUGUUACUAAAAAUACUAAAACUCUCCAGUUAAUGCUCUCCAGGUGAAGCCAGGUGUCGGAUGGAAGCUUCUAAGCCAGUGUUUCCCAACCCGGUACUCAGGGACCCAAAGACAGUCCACAUUAUUGCCCCAGGGUGCAAAAAAGUGGGCUGUCUGGCAGGGAGCUGGGAGGGAGCAAAAACGUGGACCAUUAGUGGGCCUCCGAGGACCGCACUGGGAAACAAUUCUGAGCUAUCGGGUGCAGUGAAAGCUUGACAGGAAAGCUGAAAGAGAGAGAGAAUGAAAGAAAGCAGAAUUUAGCCGGAGAUAAAAGUCGAGGCUUAAAGUUUGAAAGUCCGUUUUCUUUAGAAAUAAUCAGCACCAGGCUGUUUUUUCCCCCCUCGUCAGUAUGAUUACAGUAGCUGUAUAUACAGCAUUAGUAACAGAAUAGAAUAAUGUAUCAUUGUCAGGACUGUAUUGUAGCUUCAUAUCACUGAGAAUUGUUAGAAAACAAAAUUAGAGAUCAAAAACGUGGCCGCGUAUCUCUCUGUAUGUAAGAGACAGCCGAGAGUACUUAAAUAUGUUAAUCCCAAAAUCCAAAAGCGCUUAAGUUUUGUCACAUCAAAGGCCUGCCCGAUGAAUCGUAACAGAAAUAGCUCAUUAAUAAAAGCAGAGAAAAAGUUUUUCUUAAAACAAAAGGCCAGUUGUCUGGUCGACCUGCUUUUAAUAGACUUUUCUUUGAACGCGUAGGAAAUAAGAGGAUCGCCGCCUGUAAUUGACAGGAAUUCCCCCUUAGUUCUCCCCAGGUGUGCAGCCAUCCGCACUGUCCUCUCGCGUCAGAGAUGGUAGUUUGGCUGGCACCUCUUGGCUGGGGUGUCCAUGUGCUUUGCGAUGUGGGGGGGGGGGCUUUGGAGAUUUUGCCUGCACUCUGAAAUCUCACCCUUCUUGCUCUCCACACAGUGCAAUCCCACUACCUGUACGGCCAUAUGCUUGCUGCCUUUCGAGACUGAUGUGCCAAAUUCCAGCUGUCGUGGUUUCUUAGGAGGAGUGGGGGGGGAGGUUUUUGGUAAGGGCUCGCGCUCGGCGACAGACACCAUCCGCCACCCCCCCCCCUUCCUGGCGACGCCAUUUCUAUGGAAUCUGUGCGAUAGCGGAGAUCCAUGGACUCUGUGCACAACCCCCAUGAACAAAGAGUGACAACAGCCGCUCCAGUUAUAUCCAGUUUUCCCAGUUAGUGGCCGUGAUGUCGUUCCAAUGCUCUUUCUUUCUACGGAUGUACCUCACAUAGUCUGUCGGGUAGAGUAUGUUUCCUGGGUGUAUCUACGAUGUAUAGAGUAUAUACAGUACAACUUCCACUGGUUAUACAAGGCUAACAUCAUUUUGUGUGUUUAUAUAUAUAUAUAUAAAUGGAAUAUUUACGUUUUAUAGAGAUAUAUAUAUAUAUAAAUUAUACAUAUCAAAUUUUAAAAAUAUAACUAUUGUAUCUAAACAGAUGUUCUGUUAUAGCUGGUGGCUGUUUGUGUGUGUUGGAUCCCUGCUUUCCUGACUGGUGUCCAUUUGCUCUCAGUUUAUGAAAUGCCCAUGUGGGGUUUUUUCAGAGAUGUCACUUUUCAGAGGAGUGUUAAGGUGCUACAGCGGUGUCACAAUACUGCAGUGAUACUCGCCAAGUCGCUCAUAAAACCUCAAAGAACUGACUCCCACUCGGCUGUCUCUGUAUCCCUCCCUUUUUACGAACGGAACGGUGUGAUCGAUGUCGAACUGAGCACUUGGAUUAAAGGACGGGUGUGGAUGUGGGAGUUUGCGAUCAAAGAACAGCAAUACCCUACUCAGCUGCUGCAUCUCCAAGUUGGGUUGUUGGGGAGCCUGGCCUGAUUGGGCACCUGAAGUCCGUGAGGUCGCUGGAUUGGAUGCCCGGCAUAGCCAAUCAGGCGGGAACACACUUUGAUGGCACAUCUCUCGUGCUUUGCUGGACUGCAACAACCAAUGAAAUCCCGUGUGUCUAUGAAGAGGUCACGGAAACCAACGCUGCAAGACUUAUUUUGAAGUGCUUUCUCACCUGUGAUCACCCACAGACUGUGCUCUGGGGCCGCCCUCCAUUCCUCAUCACAAAUUCCCUCACAGAGAUGAAGUAUGAAUUGUGUGUGUGUAUAUAUACUUUUUCUUUACAAACUGUAAAAGAUGUUUUAACAAUUGUAAUGUGCUUUUUGUGGCAUCUGUAAGUACUGUAAGUGUCUUUUAUGCCAAGUGAAUCGGAGCUGAGAAAUGAAGUUGUUUUUUUUGGUUAUUAAAAGUGUGCUGAGUUACUUAUAUGC